AUGUUAAUGUCUAUCAGUUUAGACAAAGAGACAACUCCAUUAGUCGAUCAAGAUGACUGUUAUGCUGGAAUCUGGUAUAAUAUUGAUGAAUUUGAUUCGACGAAAGUUGUGUGGGUAGCCAACAGGAAUAACCCAAUUAAUGACUCUUCUGGUGUACUGAAGAUAUCUGAGGAUGGCAAUCUUCAACUGUCAAACAGACAAAACAAGAUAUUUUGGUCAACCAAUGUAUCUAAGCAGGCUAACAGUACGUUAGUUGCUCAGCUUCUAGACACCGGGAACCUUGUUUUGUUCUCGAGUGCUACUGGGAUGAUCAUUUGGCAGAGUUUCGCGCAUCUCACAGAUUCACUCUUGCCCCAGACAACGAUCUCUAUAGAAAAGGAUGAUGUGAAUGAGAAGUCAUCAAUGGAUAUUUGGGAGCCAGCAAGAUCAAGCCAACACCUUAAGGGUAGUCGUCACCUAAUGUGGAAUGGGAACGAUAUGCUUUCGUUGAUUGAUCCAACUGUUUUUGAUCCGUGCUAUCAAUGUGAGAUGGUGAAAUGCAUACAAUUGGGGUUAAUAUGUGUGCAAGAAUUUCCAGAAGAUAGGCCAACAAUUUCGACAUUGGUCUCCAUGCUCGAUGCUAACGAUGUCAUGGAACUUCCACAGCCAAAGCAACCCGGCUUUACACAUUGGAGGGAUUCUUCUAAUGAUUAG